AUGGGGCCAGAGGGACAGAUCAGGACACUAUCCACUGGGCCAGAGGGACAGGCCAGAGGGCCAGGACAGGACACCAUCCACGGGACCAGUGGGACAGGCCAGGACACCUGCCACUGGGCCAAAGGGACAGGCCAGAGGGUCAGGCCAGGACACCAUCCACGGGGCCAGAGGGACGGUCCAGAGGGUCACCAUCCACGGGGCCAGAGGGACGGUCCAGAGGGUCAAGCCAGGACACCAGCCAAGGGACCAGAGGGACGGGCCAGGACACCAUCCACGGGGCCAGAGGGACGGGCCAGGACACCAUUAAAUGGGCCAGAGGGCCAGGCCAGGACACCAUCCACGGGGCCAGAGGGACGGUCCAGAGGGCCAGGCCAGGACACCAGCCAAGGGGCCAGAGGGACAGGCCAGGACACCAGCCACGGAGCCAAAAGGCCAGGCCAGGACACCAUCCACGGAGCCAAAAGGCCAAGCCAGGACACCAGCCAAGGGACCAGAGGGACGGGCCAGGACACCAUCCACGGGGCCAGAGGGACGGGCCAGGACACCAUCCAAUGGGCCAUGGGGCCAGAGGGCCAGGACAGGACACCAGCCACAGAGCCAGAGGGCCAGGCCAGGACACCAUCCACUGGGCCAGAGGGACGGUCCAGGACACCAGCCACAGGGCCAGUGAGACAGGCCAGGACACCAUCCAGGGGCGAAUGUGAUUACAUUGAUAUUAGAAAACAAACUUGAUUUAUCCAAGCUUUUUUAAAACAAAGUACACUCAAAUUUAUACUGCAGAUUACUUAUACAGUAUUUUAAGAAAUGUUUUCCAAAGAAAAUGUUUACCAUAAUAACAAAUCUUUCAGCAUCAUUA